UACUUCUAUUUUCUGCAAAAGAAUGAAGAUCUCUCUCGGUCUUUCUUCUUCUUCAUUUUUGUUGUUUUUGUCUAUGGUGACGGUGUCUUGGACUCCAUUGGAAGCUGCCGUUGAACAAUGGCAGCUUCCCGGUGGGGUUUUCGGGCCGGAGAGUAUCGCCUUCGACUGCCAUGGGGAGGGGCCAUACGCCGGGGUCGGAGAUGGCAGAAUCCUUAAGUGGAAAGGUGCCGAUUUGGGUUGGACUCACUUUGCUGUUACCUCGCCCAACAGGGAAGGAAAAGAGUGCGAUGGGCUGCCCGAGACGGAGGUAGUUUGUGGGAGGCCAUUAGGGAUAAAGUUCCAUCCUUCAAGUUGUGAGUUGUACAUAGCAGAUGCCUAUUUUGGUCUUCUUGUUGUAGGACCUCACGGCGGGUUGGCUCACCAACUUGCCUCUUCUGCCCAAGGAGUUCCAUUCCGCUUCACUAAUGCUUUAGACAUCGAUCCUUCAAACGGUGUCGUUUACUUCACCGAUAGCAGCACCUUAUUCCAAAGAAGGGUUUGGUUGUUGUCGAUAAUGAACGGCGACAAAACGGGGAGGCUGCUGAAGUACGACCCAGGCACGAGAAACGUCACCGUUUUGAUGAGCGGGCUGGCGUUCCCAAACGGUGUCGCUUUAAGCAAGGACGGGUCGUUCCUCGUAAUGGCGGAGACGGGGACAAUGCAGAUCCUGAAACUGUGGGUGAAGGGCCCGAAAUCGGGGACGGCGGAGAAAUUGGCGCAGCUGGACAGGUUUCCAGACAACGUAAAGAGGACGGACGGCGGCGAUUUCUGGAUCGCGAUGAACAGCCUCAGAGGGAAGCUGGAGGCGGAGACGUGGCCGGAGCCGGGGCUGGGGGCGGAUCCGGUGGCCGUCAAGAUGGACGGCGGAGGGGCGGUCAAGGCGGUCGUCGACGGGGAGGAGGGGGCGGCGCUGGAUUCUGUGAGCGAGGUUGAGGAGAGAACAGGGAGGCUCUGGAUUGGCUCUGCUGUAAAACCCUAUGUUGGCGUAAUCAUUAAUUGAAAAAUAAAUAAACAAACAAACAAAAACAUUGUUAUUUAUUAUUUCGUGUGCUAUGCUAAUUUUGUGUCAAUUCUGAUUGA